UAGUAGGUAGAGCAAAAAUAAACAUUUAACAAUUUCUGAUUUGUUUUGUGCUGCUUUUUGUUUCAGGACUCGUACUUCACAAGGGUGUGUAUGUGUUUAGUUUUAAUUAUGAGUUUACUGGGAAUCUGCAAAGAAAUAUUUCAGCUCAUUCAGCAGAAAUUGAAAUAUUUGUUGGAUUACUCCAAUCUACUGGACUGGACAAUUUAUACUACAAGCAUAAUUUUUGUGUCUUCUUUAUUUAUUAAUACACCAGCUCAUUUGCAGUGGGAAUGUGGAGCAAUUGCUGUAUACUUGUCUUGGAUGAACUUCUUGCUUUACCUUCAACGGUUUGAAAAUUAUGGCAUUUAUGUUGUGAUGUUCUGGGAAAUUCUGAGGACUUUGAUUAGGAUUGCUGUUGUUUUCUUUUUCCUGAUAUUGGCCUUUGGACUGAGUUUCUUUGUCCUUUUGGGUUCACAGCAAACAUACAGCACGCCAUUGCUUUCUGUAAUGAAAACAUUUGCAAUGAUGCUAGGAGACAUAAAUUAUCAUGAUGCAUUUCUUGAUCCAUUACUGAGCAGUGAAUUGCCGUAUCCAUUCCUGAGCUACACAGUUCUCAUUAUAUUUACCUUGCUUAUUCCAAUCCUUCUUAUGAACUUGCUAAUUGGUUUGGCUGUUGGGGACAUAGCUGAAGUGCAAAAAUAUGCUGCACUCAAAAGGAUUGCAAUGCAGGUUAAUCUUCACACAAACUUAGAGAAGAAGCUGCCAUUUUGGUUCCUAAGUCGGGUGGACCAGGAAUCAAUCACUGUGUAUCCUAACAGACCAAGAUACUGUGGAUUUAUGAGUGUGUUCCAGUAUUGCUUUGGGUGUGAGGACUCUACCACAGAUGCACAGAGCACUGAUACAACCUUAGAACUGGAAGUUCUGAAGCAGAAAUACAGGCUCAAAGAUCUAUCAACCCUGUUGGAAAAGCAACACGACCUCAUUAAACUGAUUAUACAAAAAAUGGAGAUAGUAUCAGAGGCUGAGGAUGAAGACAGCAAUGAUUUAUUUCAGCACAAGUUUAGGAAAAGGCAGUUAGAACAUAAGAAUAGUAAAUGGGAUACAGUGUUAAAAGCUGUUAAAACAAAUGUGCCUAACCCAAGCACAGAAAAGAACAACAGCUUCUUCUAGACAUUUCUGUGAUAGUAUGGUGUAUUAAUAUUUUGCUUUUCUUUGGGGUCAGUUAUCUUAAUGUCUGUGCAUAAUGUCAAUGUGACACAUUAUUUAUUCAAGUAUAAAAAUAAAUUCAGAUCCAAACAAGGAUGUAGGUGCUCAAAACAGUAUUUAAGGAGACUAAAGAUGUCUACAUCCAAAACUGUGAUCCUGAAAGUAGCUGACUAAUCAGGAAAGUGCCUAACUCACCAGAUGCCAGCCUUGCUGUCCUGACAGUUCCUAAGGCUUCUUUCUAGGUCUAUUCCUGAAUUUGGCCCUAAUGCUGUUAGUUAUAUACUUAACUACAAUGCUUUCUGUUACAACUAUUUUUAGAAUUUCAGAAUUUUUAGAAGUUCAAAUUCCAAUUCAUCUAGUGUUCAGAUGUUUUGAGAGAGCCAAUGGGCUUUAUGUAGACUAACAAAAAGUAAGAAACUAACCUGGUAGAUUCUUUGGAAGCUUUGCUGAGUAAGGACUGCAGGAUCAGGCCUGAAAGGUAAGAAAUAAAAAAGAUUACAAAAAUGUAAUCUAAGGCGAGGACCAUUUUCUUUUGUGGAUAACUAUAUGCAACUCUCAGAGGAAUCACUUGGACUAGUAUGCCUAUAGCAAUGAUAGAAUGACAUGCUAAAUACUAUUAAUUUACAACUUAAUGUCCUUAUACUGCUAGUGUGAUUUUGGCCUUCCUGAUAUCCUGAAAACUGACCUAGCUGCUUUUAUCUGCACACUGGUUUUGUUAUUUACUAGAUAUUCAAUGAAUUAUGUAAUAUACGGUAAUAUACCAGAUGUGGAAAUAAACAUGAAUUAAACUGUGUUUAAGUACCUGAGUAUAUUUGUUGCAAAAAUAGUGCUAAUAAACUAAUUGUGCCUAUA